AUGACUACCUCAAUCGACCCCUCCGAGCCACUUGGACCAAAAACCGAUGGAUUGAUCCGUAAAUAUCUCCAUGAUCGCCGCAUAUCCUGCUCUCUUUACCGUGGUCGUCCUCCUCAUAGGUCUCGGGCAAUGAUCUAUAGCUAUGUAUGUCUCGACUGCGACUACACAGAUCCUUGGGAACAAGCAGACCAUCUCGAGCCAGCAAUCGAGAAACUUGCAGAAGAUAAGGCCUUCCUCAAGGUCUUCUACUAUUGCGAUCCUGAGAUGUACGAAUGCACCUGCACUGAGCCACUGCGCGAAUUCCUGGGACUGGAGCAAUAUUUUCCCGUGUUUCAUUGCCAUGCACUUCGUGAUAAGAGGUUGACUGUGGCUUUUGUUCCCGAGUCGGAGAUUUUGAAGGUGGGGUUGCAGGCGAAUUAUGGGGAGAGAGAUGCUAGUAUUUCGUUGCUUGAGGGGGCGAUUGGUCUGAGGAGAAAGAUGAUUUGA